AUGCCUGUAACGAACUUCAGUACCCCAGAGAAGUACAAAUAUCAGAAUGGUUUUGGUUCAUAUCAUGAAUCCGAAGCUAUCGCAGGUGCUCUUCCAAUAGGUGCCAAUUCCCCUCAAAAGCCUCCUUAUGGUCUCUAUGCCGAGAAGUUAUCCGGAACAGCAUUCACAGCUCCACGACACGAAAAUCAACAAUCAUGGCUUUAUCGAAUUCUACCCGCCGCAUCACAUCAACCCUUUACUCCUCGCGAAACUUCAUCUUAUAAUACAAAUCCCGAAGGAAAUAAACUACAUCAAAUACCGAAUCAAUUGAGAUGGGAUCCUUUUGAUCUGGAUGAGACAGUUGAUUGGGUACACAGUUUGAAACUGGUAGCUGGAGCUGGCGAUCCGACAUUAAAGCAUGGAAUUGGAAUAUUCAUAUUCGCAGCUGGAAAAAACAUGUCCAAGAAUGAAGCAUUCUAUAGUGCCGAUGGAGAUUUCUUGAUCGUGGCACAACAUGGAGUAUUAGAUAUCCAAACUGAACUUGGAAAUCUUCUCGUUCGACCAAAUGAAAUUUGUGUUAUUCCUCGAGGAAUCCGAUAUCGAGUUGAACUUCCAGAAGGACCUGUUCGAGGGUACAUCUUGGAAUUAUAUUCGGGACAUUUUCAGCUACCGGAAUUGGGACCCAUUGGUUCGAAUUGUUUGGCCAAUGCUAGGGAUUUCCAAGCACCAGUUGCUAAUUUUGAGGAAAAUACCAAUGGUCAAUUUAAGAUCUUGUCGAAGUUUAAUGGUCAUCUCUUCGAAGCUAGUCAAACACAUACGCCUUUCGAUGUCGUAGCUUGGCAUGGACUUUACUACCCCUACAAAUAUGAUCUCGGACGUUUCAACACCAUCGGCAGUAUAUCAUUCGAUCAUCCUGAUCCAAGUAUCUUCACCGUCCUCACUGCCCCUUCCGAUCAUGUUGGUACCGCCAUUGCCGACUUCGUCAUCUUUCCUCCACGCUGGCUCGUAGGUGAAGAUACAUUUCGACCACCCUGGUAUCAUCGCAACACCAUGUCCGAAUUUAUGGGGUCUCAUCGGUGGAGAAUAUGA